CGGCUGCGACGAUUCGAAAUGUAAAGAAUUAACUGUAACGUUACAUGUUUGGUUUUUUCACUCCGAGAACUUAAUUUUAAUGACCUUUUUAUUGGCUCUCCCUUAGUUACCUUCAACGUUUACAUCCGUACAUUCUAAACUUUUCCGGGUUAGUAACACAGGUUUUCUCUACUAAUACAUAUAAUCUUUUGGAAUUUUUCCGUAUUAUACAAUACUUUAUUUGAAUUGUGAUUAUUGUUCUGGUAAAUGACAUCUUGAAUGAAUUCAGUGACCAAUUCAAAUAAAAUUUACCAUGAACGUCAAUCUAAAAUGUUUUGUGCAUUGCAUGCGCUGAAUAAUGUAUUUCAGGAUAAAAUAUUUUCAAAACAUUGCUUAGAUAAAAUAGCUGAUAAUCUUAAUAGCAAUUCAUUUAUUAAUCCACAUAGAAAUGUAUUUGGACUGGGGAAUUAUGACGCAAAUGUGUUAGUUAUUGCUCUUCAACAAUGUGGUUAUGAUAUUGUUUGGUGUGAUAAACGCAAAACAAUUGCUGCGCAUAAUCUAAAUUUUGAUAAUAUUUUUGGAUAUAUAUUGAACACAUUUUCUAAUCGUCGUAUUUUUAACUUAACAUUACCAUAUUCAGGAAGUCAUUGGAUUGGUUUACGAAGAUUAGAGCAUAAUGAUAAAUAUUCAUAUUUUAAUUUAGAUUCUAAAUUAUGCGAACCGGUUGUAGUUGCGUCAACGGAUGAUGAAUUUGUUAAUUAUUUAGAAGGACGUCUUAGAGAGUAUCCAGAGACUCAACUUUUAUUUGUCGUAUCCAAUGAAGUGCUUCAGCAACGAUCUUGGACGCAUAAUAAAUAAUGAGCACAAUUAAAGACGAUCUAAUUUUUUGUAUGCUUACAGUGAUAUUUUUUGAUCAAUACUAUACAUUUGUUUAAAACUUCCUUCUUUCUUAAUUGCCGUAUUUAUAACAAACAACAGCCAUGGAAGUGAAGAAUCUGUUUGAUGAAUGUUAGAUCUAAAACAUCAACGCUAAUCAACAUCUGAUGGUUAUCCUGAACUCAUGAUCAUCCAUUCAGAAAAGUCUGUCUGUUUUCAGAGUGAGGCCUUGAUUAAUCGAGCUAAU